AUGCAUUCACUUUGCAAGGUGAUUUCCUCUGCUAGUUCUCAGCUUAAGCUCAAAUCUCUUUGAUGUUCAGAGAACCCGAGUUCUCCCGAUUCUUUCACGAAGAUCUUGCACAGAAUGGUUUCAACAAGAACCUUCUGUCUGGUUCUGGCUCUCAUGCUUGUAGCUACGCACUAUCAGGUUGCAAUCGAAGCUCUACCACCCCCACCCCCACAGAUGAAUGGAAUGGUUGAGUGCGCGUGCAAAGGGACUUUUUGUGGAAGCAACAGAUGCCUCUGCGACCAGAACUGUUAUUGUAAAUGCUCAUAGUCGCAAGACAGAAAUUCUAUACAGCUUUCAAUUUUAGACGUGAACUAUGAACUAUGAACUUCACGCAGCGCAAGGUUCGUGUUCAUUUGAACAUUACUAGCAAGUUUCAUUGAGUGCAGUUGGGAUUGGCUUGGUGAUUUACAAUGAAUAAGCAGUGAGGAGUACAUUUAGGAACCUUCAACACUGGUUUUCAAGUUUGCAAGUUGUACUUUCGACCGCACCUUGGCUCAUUUAUAAAUCAGAUGUAAGUUUCUAGAAACUGAAUAUCAUUGUAAGGAAUGCUACGUGUAUGCGCUCUGUGUUAGAAAAGGUUUCUUGAUCAUCAGUGAUCGCACUGAAUCUUGUAACCUGCUUUCGAGCCCAAAUUAAUGAUAUGUCAUCCAUAUGCAGUACUGAC